GCUGUCAAUACGACGCUGUCCAAAUGCCUUUCGCUUUCCGAUUUCACAUACCGCCCCCCUUUCGCUUUGCUACUUCACCAUUCUCUCCCCUUCCUCCGUUCCUCCACAAUUUUUAUUGUACCGAGUGCUGCUCUUACCAACCAUCAGCCGAAAGACUUGCUGUUGCCAUCAUAUAACCGGCCUCUGCCAAAACGUCAGGACGGAAUUUUUGACAGGUUCUUGGCGCACGUCAGCCACGUUUCCUGCAGGCGGGGCAGUUUGCGACUUCUCGCACGUCGUGGCUCGCUCUGCAAGCUCUUACUUUCUGCCCACAACGCAAUCGGCUCUAUCUGUUCGUCGCUCGUAGAAGGAACUACCUACGUCCGCUCCUACAAGUUUCCUCGCUGACUAGUUUCGUCGAAUCCAUUGCUGCCUAAAUCAAGCCAGACGUUCCCCGACUGGCAGCCGUCCCAAGUUCCGUACACAAAUUUCAUCUGAACCAUUAAAAAUGCACCCGCAAAUGACCUACCUCCUCCAACUCCUCGACGAAACCGGCACCGCCAUCCCGCCCAACCCCGCCUCUUCAGAGCCCACCUCCGCCCUGCGCGCCUCUCACCACAUAGACUCCCACCACCCCGGCAGCAAGUUCUCCGUCCUCGUCAAGCCGGUCCGUGUGCCCAUCCCUUUCGGAACGCAAGCGAUCAGCCGCAACCUCUUCCCCACCUCACCGCAAACCGAGACGUUGUCAACACCCCCCAGCACACCGACGCAGGCCCCCGCUACGCCGCAAAUCGGCUCCCACAGAUGCCUCCAAGUCUUCCACAACAAAAUCCUCAUACAUUCCCGCAUCAUUCCGUCCCCGCCCAUGUCCAAAGCCACCUUAGCCGAACGCAGAACGGCCAAUCAGCCUAUUCGAUUCUCCGCGGACGGCGUGAGGUUUGGGGAGGCGGGGGUGGUGAAGGUGGAAAUUUGGAAUGUGAUUGUUUUCAAGAGAAUGGCGUGUAACAAUGAUACGGAGGCGCUGGGAGAUGGGAAGAAGAGCAUGGUGUUGUGUAGGCGGAUCGGGGGGGAUCCGAUUUUUGUGGGGAGUGUGAAGUAUGGCGAGGGUACCGUUGGGGAACCAGCGCACACCCGCCCCGCCGGCCACCCCACCACCCCAACGUCAACACCCACCUCAACUCCCCUCCCCCAUCGGCCCCCGGCCCUCCUCCCAACCUUCCACAUCCCCCUCCCACCCACAACCCCGCCCUACCACACCCCACCCACCCACCGCAUCCACCUCCCCGCCCCCGUCCCAUCCCCGCACCGCGCAGUCCCUGACCUCUCAGAACCGCCACACCCCUUCCGCGUCGCCGCUGCAGCGUAUCCACUCUCGCCACCUCUCGUCAACAGCCCGAUUCGCCCUAACGAUAUGGAAAAACCAUGUGGACAUUGCAGCAAAACACUAGCUCUCUGCGCCGAGCUGCAAGUAACCGUGGGAAUGUUACAGAAGGAGAUUGGACGGAUCACGGGGACGAAUCUCAAGCGGAAGUGGGGCGUGGAUGUGGAGAGUGAGGCACGGCCCGCGGGGAAACGGAGGGAGUAAAUUGUUUGAGCGCUCGAUCGGUCUCUCUCACGCACAGGGGGCAAGAAAAAAAUCCGAGGAUACACACCUCCCGAUUUAGGUAGCUCCCAUCAUCAUUUGCAUCUCACGGCGUAAACCACCCUCCCUCAGUUCUCCGCACCCUUCCCCAUUCUGUGAAUCUCAUCACUGUGCGUUCGUGCAUUCAAGCCUGCUGUAUAUGUAGUACCUCCUCCCUUUCUUCCAUUUGCACAUGUAUCUUUGCCGACAUAGCAUGAGAUGUACCACUUCAUUUGCCAUAAGCCUCUAAAAUUGACGGUCCCUGCUUGCGUCAGCUCGAUGCUGAUCUUGUCAUCGCCCGGCUAGUUCUUUUCCAAACGCUCGCUGAC